AUGGAAGAGAAGCGCCCCAAUGAGGAGAAGCGCCUCGCCAAGUUGAAGCACCAAACGGAGCAGAAGUGCCUUCGAAACAAUAUCCUCAACGACGUGAAACGCGUCAUGGAAAAGCGCCUCCUUGAAGAGACGCGCUUCAUAGAGGAGAAGCGCCUUCGCGAGGCCUUUGAAGUGAAGACAGAGGUUGUGGAGAAGGAGAUGAAGCCAGAGGUGAAGGAGAUGGAGGAUGAAGUAGAGACGGAGGAAGAGAAGAGAACACACACGGGCGAGAAGCCAUUCCUGUGCCCUGUGUGUGGGAAGACAUUUGCAGACUCAUCAACUCUUCAUAGUCAUCAGAGAACACACACGGGCGAGAAGCCAUUCCUGUGCCCUGUGUGUGGGAAGACAUUUUCCAAGUCAUCAAAUCUUCAUAGUCAUCAGAGAACACACACGGGCGAGAAGCCAUUCCUGUGCGCUGUGUGUGGGAAGACAUUUGCAGACUCAUCAACUCUUCAUAGUCAUCAGAGAACACACACGGGCGAGAAGCCUUUCCUGUGCCCUGUGUGUGGGAAGACAUUUGCAGACUCAUCAACCAUGAACUUUGCACGGUCAUCAACUCUUCAGAGUCACCAGAAAACACACACGGGCGAGAAGCUAUUCCUGUGCCCUGUAUGUGGGAAGAUAUUUGCACAGGAAUCAACUCUUCAAACUCAUCAGAGAACACACACGGGCGAGAAGCCAUUCCUUUGCUCUGUGUGUGGGCAGACAUUUGCACGGUCAUCACAUCUUCAGCGUCACCAGAGAACGCAGACGGGCGAGAAGCCAUUCUUGUGCUCUGUGUGUAGAACACACACGGGCGAGAAGCCGUUCCUGUGUUCUGUGUGUGGGAAGGCAUUUGCACAAUCGUCAACUCUUCAAACUCAUCAGAGAACGCACACGGGCGAGAAGCCAUUCGUGUGCCCUGUGUGUGGGAAGACAUUUUCAAAGUCAUCAAAUCUUCAUAGUCAUCAGAGAACACACACGGGCGAGAAGCCAUUCGUGUGCCCUGUGUGUGGGAAGACAUUUUCAAAGUCAUCAAAUCUUCAUAGUCAUCAGAGAACACACACGGGCGAGAAGCCAUUCCUGUGCCCUGUGUGUGGGAAGACAUUUGCAGACUCAUCAACUCUUCAUAGUCAUCAGAGAACACACACGGGCGAGAAGCCAUUCCUGUGCCCUGUGUGUGGGAAGACAUUUUCCAAGUCAACAAAUCUUCAUAGUCAUCAGAGAACACACACGGGCGAGAAGCCAUUCCUGUGCCCUGUGUGUGGGAAGACAUUUGCAGACUCAUCAACCAGGAACAGGCAUCAGAAGGUC